UCACGUGUCAAAUUUAGUGGCUGUCUUCUGUCAUUUUGUUGUCUGUUGUGUACCGCGUUGGUUCUUCCAUCAAAGGAUCAACCAUGGCGCCGAAAGGAAAUAAUAUGAUCCCGAAUGGGCACUUUCACAAGGACUGGCAAAGGUUUGUGAAGACUUGGUUCAACCAACCUGCGCGAAAAAUACGAAGGAAGCAAAACCGUAUCAAGAAAGCUAGGGCUGUAGCUCCUAGACCUGUAGCCGGGUCUUUGCGACCCAUCGUUAGGUGCCCCACAGUCAGGUAUCACACUAAAGUGCGUGCAGGGCGCGGAUUUACCUUACAGGAGUUGAAGGCCGCUGGAGUUAACAGCAAUUUUGCUAAGACUAUUGGCAUAGCUGUUGAUUACAGGAGGAGGAACAAGUCUAUUGAAUCUGUUCUCGUAAACGCGCAACGUUUGAAGGAAUACAAGUCGAAACUUAUUUUGUUCCCAAUCAAUAACAAGAAGAAGUUGAGGCCUGGUGAAGCCACUGAGGAAGAAAGAAAGGUCGCCACUCAAUUGACAUCUGAAGUGUUGCCUAUCCGCCAAUCAGCGGUCAGGACAAAAGCGAGGGUUCCAACUGAAGAAGAAAAGAACUUCAACGCUUUUAUCACUCUUAGAAAAGCGCGUGCUGAUGCUCGUUUUGUUGGUAUUCGUGCUAAGAGAGCAAAGGAAGCCGCCGAUAAUCCUGAUGAUGUAACAAAAGCGGCUAAGCCAAAAGGCAAGAAAUAAGACGUUUUUGUAUAAUUAAUUAAUUCUAAUAAAAAAUUGACACAACUGA